GUGAGAAUGGUUUCGGAGAAUUAGAUCUGUGCUACGACAAAGAGCGCUGCUUUGGAGGGAUAUAAGGCCCAAAUUGGAGUAAGAAAUAUACCAGGACUACGAGCCCCGGGUCCACCUCCGUGCGUAAAAGCGCACCUGGAUCCCACCCUGCUGCUUCUGGUCAGGAUUUGGAUCUCAGAUUCAACAUGAACUCCUUGAAUUUCUGUGGGACGUCGGGUGGUGCUGGUGGUGGUGUGUACCCCUCCACGGUGUGAACUCCAUGCUGUUUGACCUGCGCCACCAGAUGGCAGAACAGUACCACAGUUACCCUGCAGCAGCCCCCACGGUGCACACUCUGUCUGUGGCAGAGAGGCUGGCAGAGCUCAUCUUGGAGGCUCGCUACGGCAACCAGCAGAAACAGCGCCGCAGCCGGACUGCGUUCACAGUGUCGCAGCUGCAGGCUCUGGAGAAAGCCUUCCAGCAGACACAGUACCCAGAUGUGGGCAUGAGGGAGAGGCUGGCCAUGUGCAUCAACCUGCCAGAGGCUCGUAUUCAGGUGUGGUUCAAGAACAGGAGGGCCAAGUUUCGUAAAGGCCAGAGAUGCUCUCCUCUCUCCAGAGACCACAGUCUGGAAGAAGCUCCACACCACAAGAAGACGGGACAGGAGGAAGUGAGGACUGAGGACAAACAGGAAAUCGCCACAUCACACAUUGACAGCAGCAUCCCUCCUCUUCCUCCUCUUCCUCCUCCUCACGUGACUAAAGGCAGGGAUUCGAACUUUGACGCCUCUCGGUGCUCCCUCCGACUUCACUCUCCUCCACUCUUCCCCUUCGUGGCGGGGGAGCGUUUCUCAGCCCACCAGCCAGUCGUAGGAGUUCUGUCCACGGAGCUCGCCCUGCCCCCGGUGUUCUGGCCCAUCAUACAGCAGCACAGCUUGGGGGUUCCUCCAUCAUCUCUCACCAAAAACUGCAGCCUCUCCAUUCAGACUGCUUGCUCCAGUAAAGCAGUGCGUCACCCUCACCUGGGGCUGUAACUGGACAUAAACCUGGUACAUGUAUCUCUGCUCCUCCUCAUCUGAAGCUGAACCGUGUGGGAGAAGAACCUGACAACAGACAGAAUAUACAUUUUUACACUGUGGGAUCUGUCUAAAGCAGGGGUGUCAACCUCAUUUUAGUUCGGGGGCCACAUACAGGUCAGAUUGAUCUCAAGUGGGCCGGACCAGUGAAAUCACAGCAUAAUAACCUAUAAAUAGCAACAACUCCAAAUUUUCCCCUUUAUUUUAGUGCAAAAAAGUACAUUCUGAAAAUGUUCACAGUUAUUAAACUACCUUCUUUCAAAACAUUAUGAACAACCUGAAGUUUCUGAAGAAAAAUAAGUGAAAUUUUAACAAUAUUAUGCCUCAGAUUAUCAUUUACAGUAUACUUUACAAAUUAUAGCUCACAAAACUUUUAGUCCCAACAGCAUAGUACUUUACUGUGUGAUCAAAACAUGUCAAGAUCUAGAAAUUAUUUUAAACUUACAGAUUUACAAAUGUACAACUUGCAGUUAAUGUCUUCUGUAAUUUUUUCCCUUUGAAAAGUCAUCCUGCGAGCCGGAUUGGACACUCUGCCAGGCCGGUUUUUGACCCACGGUCUGUAUGUUUGACACCCCUUGUCUAAAGGAAUGUAAAGCUUCACAGUCAUGUACUUUCAGUGAUUUAAAGUUAAUUUAGGUCUGCCUUAAUGGACGUCUACAGCUCUGUUUAUCCUUUGCCGGUUGUUUGAGCUGCUUGAAGGAAGCUGGUAAACCAUCACAGCCUGGUUCCAGACAGGAGGAAGGCUAACUGUCACACUUAAACAUGUUGUCUUCUGCAGCAUUGUAUAGCCGGCUGCACUGCCACAAGUUAGUAAUAGUAGACUACAACAAAAACGCAUUUGAGAAAAGUUUCUUUUUGUAACUGAGCACUGCAACAUAGAAAUGUGAAAUAAAACUGUUUGCACCUCU